CCCUCUCUCCCUCCCUUCUUCUGUCCGUCCUCAGAAAGAGAAGAAAGCAGGGGGACUCCUGAAGCUUCUCUCCGGGGCCGCCGCCAAGAAGAAGAGUCGUUCCCCCCCCCUCCUCCCCUCCCACCCACGACGCCCGCCCCCCAUCACUCGCCACGGGCGCCACGGCGACCGACGCCCGCCCCUCCCCCAGCCACGGGCGCGCCGGCUCCUGCUCGAUGGAGGCCCACGGGCGGGCGGGCUCCUGUCCCAUUGAGAGUGAGAUGGCGGGGGCCAUGGGCCUGGAACCACUGCACAGGAAGUCGGGAUCGCUGGAUCUGAACUUCCCCCUGUCCCCGCCUGCAACCCGCUCGGGAAACGCGCUCCUGGCUCUACGACCGGAGCCUAAACCACUCUCCAGAGAGAGGUACCGCGUGGUGGUCCCCUACCCCCCCCAGAGUGAGGCUGAGAUCGAGCUCAGGGAGGGGGACGUGGUGUUUGUCCAUAAGAAGAGGGAGGACGGCUGGUACAAAGGCACCCUGCAGAGGACCGGACGCACGGGCCUCUUCCCUGGCAGCUUUGUGGAAGGCUUCUGAACACAAUUACACACACACGCGCACACACACAUACACACACACAUACAUAUGAACACAUUGUAAGCACAACAACAACAAAAAACUCAUAAGACAGGCAUUCACAUGUUAACACACACUGUCACACCUCACACGUCCACACAUAGCCAGCCUGGCUCCAACCAGCCUCACAGGAGCCAGGCAGCUUUUAUAGUCAGGCACUCCCAGGACAGCUAUGGGAGGGGUCCUUAAACAGGCAUCCAUCAUGAUGGACUUUUGAUGUGGACAUCAUCCGCUACUGAAGGGCACACCUCUUGGAGCGCAGAAGGACAGAAACACUACCAUCACUACUGCCAAUCUCUAUCGGCGCUCCCGAUCUCUACCUUGAUGAGUAUUUUUGUACUGCUUUGGUGUGUUACUUUGUGAAUUUCUACGUCUGACGUGUGGGUCAUAGGCUGAGCUUUAAUCCUAUGUCCCGGGGGAAAAAAAACACCUUGAAACUUAGUGCUUCAGCCACCUUCAGUGUGUGUGUGCGCGUGCCGGCGUGCGUGUCUGUGUGUAUGUGUGUGUGUGUGUGGGUGUGUGUGUGUAUGUGUGUACGUGUUUGAGCAGCUGGUGCUAAAAGCACAUAAUGACUUUUCUGGCAAACCUCCCCUAUCUCCACACAAGUGGGAAACCAGCAUAGUGUUUAAAGAAAUGAAUGUGUGUGUGUGUGACAAUACAAGAAUGUGUGUGUGCGCGCGCGCGAGAGAGAGUGAGUAACAGAGAGAAAAUGAGAGACAAACAAAUCUCCAGCUCAAAAAAAAUGCCAGCUCAGUGGCAGCUCAAUACUGGGGAUGAACCUCAUACACUUUGGAACACAGACUCGACAGGCUCUCGUUGGUUUAGCACACACAGAGGUAAGCUUGAAGAAGUGGGGCCCAAGUCCCAGUUCUUUAUCACCGGCCCGGAAAGCUCACGAGAAGACACAGGCACACAGCGACGGACCCCAAGUAAGAGCACAUGGGAAACAGAAAGCACAGAGAAUGCACAGCUGAGCAAAACGGAGCAGAACAGAAGCACAAGCGGCAUGCGAACACAGGAGGGUUUUCACUCAGACGUGUUCCCCACAACAGACAGAGAGAGAGAGAGAGAGAGAGAGAGAGAGAGGA